AUGGGUCAAGAAAAAGGUCGUACAUUAUAUGAGAAUCAGUUUUCAAACCAUGAUCCUUAUGAAUCAUUAACGGAAUUCGAUUUAUACCUCGAAUCCAAAUCCAACGAUACCAGCAAUGGUCCUCUCAGUUUUACCCCCAAUUUAUCCCCCUUGUCUUUACAGGAUCUUGGAUCCAUCCAUUCCUCCGUCAACAACGAAGUCAGUCCCAAUGAUUUGGAAAACUCUGGCCUAGACUCGGUUGAGUCCGCUCCUUCCAGUAAUAGCGCUCAUGUGCCCAGUCCUUCUUCCCUUUCCAAUGAAACUAGGCUGCAACACUCAAUGAGUAAUCCCACCAGCGCCAACAACACACCCUCUUCAGAAAACCACGUCUUGUCGGAUUUUGGAGGAAACUGUGCUAUCCUCGAUAACGACAAGGAAUCACAUUUACUGGAAGAACAUACCAGUAAAUUGAAAUGGCCCUUUCAUAAGCUCAACGAAGUUUGUGAAACCUCCAGAUGUAAUUCUGGCGGCAAACGAGGAGUUGGCAUUUUGCGUCGCUUUCUUCCUUCCUCUCGUUUAGGGCGUUUAAAUCGUGUCUCUCCUUUACGCACUUCUAGCACUACAGGAAUAUAUUCCUCACUUGAUUCGCCUGAUAUAACUCCUCUAUCUGUUUCCACAACUCAUCUUCAUCACCCUUCUGUCAGCAAUUCCCGAAACCAGACUCCUUCCCCCAGUCUCAAGACGGAUCUAUCAUCUGUAGAUGUGAAACAGAUGGACGUUGCUGAGCGAUCGAAAUGUUUAGAUGCUUUGCUAGAAGAUAUCCUUCAAUUAGAUUCUGCAUACGAUACCGUCGAAAAACGGAUGAUGGAAUCGGGCUGGAGCAGUAUGGAGGAGAUUCGCGAUGUUCAUGCCAAGCGUUUAGACGCUUGGCAAAUAUGGAAACGAAAAUUACUUCCUUUACGAGGUAAGUGCUAG